GAAGCCAGAUAGGAAAAUUACCCGAACCAACACGCCCCCGCUGUUUAACGAUUCACUCGCACGUUUGUUUCCCCCUAACUUGCGCCCUUGAGGACGUUACAACUCUGCCAAAAACCUCUGGACAGCGUUGGGAAGGUUGAAACUGCGGCUUCGUUUCCCGCCUGCAGUUCUCCGGACACAGCCCGCGCGCGGCACUCGCUCGCUGCUUUGCCGCAUCUGCAGGGGUGGAACCCGGACUGAUCCAGGCCGAGAGUCCCGGUGGUGUCACCGCUCCAUGCACCGGCUCACGGUCUGAACGAAGACAGCCUGCUCGCCUGCCGUGGAGAAAUGGAUUCCCGCUGUUGAAUCACCCCCACCGGGAUAGAGUGAUGUAUCUCGCCCUACGCUUGCGGGCUGCGCGGGCAUGAGACUGCGACGAGGGCAGGAUUUCAACACUGAUUCACACCUGGAACUGGCCCCUCCUCCGCCGCCUGUUGGCUGGUUGCCCGGUGUCCUCAGUAAGGGUGUACGUCUGCGUCUGCGUCUGGAUCAUCACGACGACCGGGGGCGAGGCUGCUGGCAGCUGGUUGACUUGGAGACGGAGUCAGAGCCAGCUGGGCGGAGACUGAGGAGCCCCGCCCCUGACACCCACCCACAAAGUCUGAUGAGUACCCUGUCUGUCAGCUCCGAAAUGCAGACUCCCACUCCUGGCCCACAGUUUAUAGCGGGGCCCCAGGGUAAAGUACCUGGAAGGAAGAGAGGACGGCCCCCCAUCCGUAAGCUGGAGUUCCAGAGCCACUAUGUAGAGCCUCUGUCGCCCCUCAAGGUGCCGAAGAAGAGAGGCAGAAAACCUGGCUUUAAGCUGAAGCCCAGGAUGGUGAUGUCCCCACUGGCCAACUCUCCUCCCAACAGUACACCAGAACCUGAAAUGGGCUCCAUCCCACAGGACGCUGCUAUUGUCCCCCACUCUGCCACACCACAGGUCCUAACAGCAGAGACACCAAUGCCUGAUGACUUCUUAUGCGACCCACCGGUGGACUCCAAGCGCUACGCUGUAGAUCCCAGCGACUCCGCCUUCAAUGUCAUGACAUCACAGUACCCAACAAAGCACUCUUACCCAUAUCGUGGAAGCAGUUGCUCUACUCAAAUGGCUGUAUGCAGAAAAGCGUCCAGUCCAGGAAGCUUCCAGGACGGAAACAGAAAUGGUUACAUGCCUAUGCCAGACUCUGGAGAGUGCAAGCGUCCUGCUGGUAAGGACCCAUCCAGCUGGGGUGUGGAAGAGGUGGUUUGGUUUAUCAAAGAUGCUGAUCCCCAAGCCCUGGGACCUCACGCUGAUGCCUUCAGGAAGCAUGAGAUAGAUGGAGACGCCCUACUCCUGCUGAAAAGUGAGAUGAUGAUGAAGUACCUGGGACUGAAGCUGGGCCCUGCGCUCAAACUCUGUUACCACAUCGACAGGCUUAAACAGAAUCGGUUGUGAUUUUCUGCCAAGGAGCCAAACUCCUGAUCACCGUUCACUAAAACUGAACCAGUGCUAACUCUCUCAGACUUCCUCAACUAUCAGCAAUAGAUCAUGAGCGCCUUUGGAUUUGGAUUGUAUACUGACGGCUUUUACUGCAUCUGCACCAACAUUUUGGCGAUAAAUUGGACAUGUUGACUGUACAUAUUAAGACUAUUUACAGCUGAAGCUAUGAUUUCAUUUUCUUUUUUGUUUACUGGAGAUCUGAAUGGCUUUAGAUUGUAAAUAGUUUCGGCUCCACGCUGAUGGCAGCUACUGUAUACUGAAAUGUGACCUGUAAUAACUUAACUCUAUCUGACUUUCAGCAGCAUGAUUUUGUGCAGAUCUUAAUCAUGGACACUGUAUCAACACCUCUGAAGACCUGCAAGGACAGGGAUCUUUACAAACCUGUAUGGUGCGUUACCUCAGUAGCAUAUUUAAACUUAAAGAAGAGGCUGCUGUCUUUUAAGAUAAUCUGUUUUGUUCUAAACUGGUGAGAAUGUUUAUGUUGGUAGCUCACAUACUCUUCAUUAAAUUGAUUUUAAAAAAAUAUUUUGGCUGCAAACAGCUAAUGCAAACUACUGCUUUCAAAAAUGUCCCCAAAAAUCAAAAACAAAGCUGCACUAUAACUGUGGGGGCACAGCUAUCAAGCCUAAGAAAUGUGUCAGCUCAGAGGUUUUCUAAGCCAGUGAUCCUUAGAUCCGUUCUUAAGCAUCAAGCUGGGUGCAUCUUAAGAGGAAUUAUUCUUAACAUUAAGUGACAAAUCCUUGUUCAUUUUGUUUCGAUUUAUCUUUAUGCUGAAAGACGUAAAACUGUAUUAUAAAAAAGUGAUGUAUCUCACCCCCAAGAAAAGUUUUUUUUUUACCAGAAACCACAUCUCAGUGCUGAGUGAAUAAACAGUGAAGCCAUGAGGUAUUCCACUAAGCAGAGGUGCUUAAGACCACACUGUGUUUAUUAACAUGACAAGAGGGAAAGGAAACACAGAUAGAAACUUUUGGGGGAGUCUCAGCAUGUUCUCAUUGACUGCAUAUCAAUCAUGUUACACUCACUGGUUUUAAAAUGACUAUAUUGAGUUGCAGGCCACUUUGCAGCCUUUGACUUAUUUCAGAAGGUUGCAAAAGGGUUUUGAGCAAAAGCAACUUGUCACAAACCCAUGCAACUUGAUGCUCACUGAAACCAUUACCGCCACUACAACCACAACACUUCAUCACUCUUCUCAUACACUUCAUAUCUCUCUCUGUGUGACUUCCACAUAAGGCUACAGUUUACAUUCCUCUCAUACAAUACCUCUUCAGUAAUUUUCAAUAUGAAUUCCUCUAAACUGUGUUUUGUUCUGCCAAAUGAUAAACCAAUGUUUCAUCUCCAAACUGUAUAAGGUGACAAGUGAAAUGUCUUGAGCAUUAAUAAUAACAAUUUUGAAGCCACCAAUUACAGUUUUGUCAUUUAAAAUUGUACAAACAAAAACUUGUAAACACAUUAAUGAUCAAUCUCAUGCAGUAUGUGACAGAUUUGUAAAAUUUGUGGUUAAACACAAUGUUUAUUUUAACCUUCUGUACAGUACUCAUUACUCACUUUGAUAUUUUGUGUUCUAUAUGUUUUGCUUUAAUUUGUUAAAGUCUGUGUGCCACACACAGACUUAUGUGAUGUACAGCAUGUAUGUCUAUGUAUGAAUUCAAUCUGUAUUUCAUGACUGUCUUCAGCCCUUGUGAGCUAUGGGCUGAAUGAAACUUCCACGUUUUAUUUUCAGAAUAACUUAAUCUGAUAACUGGAAUUCAGUGGUUUGCAAGAAAUUAGGGAAGUGUAUUGCACAAGAGCUGUUAACCCAAAAUGAAACAUUUUCAAAUUUUCCACAAAUUUUUAUCACACCUGUGACCCAUGUUAAAUAAAUUUGGACUCCCUAUUGAACCUUC